CUCAACCCAAACUCUGCGCCUUUGCACUCUUGCGCCUACUUUCUUUCUUCUUUCGGUUUCUCGUGAAACCACCGACUGAGUGUUGGGCAGCUAUCGUCUUCGGCCUGCGCAGUUGCACGAUUGAUUGUUUUCUCCGACGGACUGUGCAGGCGACGUCUGACUCAUCCCUUCCAUGGCUCCGAGCAAUCAAAGGAGAGCUGCAGCGAAAUUCUACCAGGAGGACAUCGUCCAGCGGAAGGAUGAUCCGAAAGCGUACGGAGUGGUAUUGAGAUGUUGGCAGGAUGCAGAAGACAUCCCUCCCCCAGCCGAUAGCGCUGACCCUCUUAUGAGGCCGCUUGUCCAGGGAGAGGUCGGCGUGUCGUACUUUCCCCGGCCGGUGCGGGAAAUCAUCAGCGAGGACAAGCUGGCCCUCGUAGACCGCAUGUACCAGCCCGGAGAUCUGUUGAAACGCAGCGUGGACGACGUGCGGUCGGGAAUCGUGACUCACACGACCGUGAAGGGCCGGCUCGACCACGCGAUCAGUGGGGAGGCGAUCCCGGGCUGGAAGACAAUGGACGAGAUCGAGACAGCGGUGGAGGUGGACAUGGGGGACUACGUCGUGUACAACGAUUGGGUUGGUCAGGUUGUUGAGAUGUUUGACGAAGCGUGGGUCGAAGUCUCGGGCGGGACGUUGGUUCGCUUGCCGGAGCUGAGCGCAAGGUUGGCGGUUGGUGAGAAGGGUCCUGACAUCCUCCCACAACCUAUGUCUACUGUACAGGGGAUAUUCGGCUUCCUCCUAGGUAGCACACGGCCGAGUAGUUCGGACACGGUGAUUUCUGUCAAACAUACUGUCCUUGCAGUAGCGUGGCUUGCAAUCAACCAAGCGUUGUCGCCAGCGGAGGCGAUGACAAAACCACGACCACAGCGAUAUUGGUAUGGUAGUGAUCUAGGCGACCUAACCAUCGUGUCCAGGAGAGCGGAAGAGGCGAUGCGCGUGGGCGAUCGUGUGCGGCUACGGAACAACACAGGUGUUCCCGUAACACGCCACGGCAGGUCACCAGAUGGCCAGGGUACCAUCGAGGUGGAUACGCUGAUUGUGCAGGAGACACGAACUUCGGUGGAUGUGCUCUGGCAAGACGGCACGAGGGAGACACUGGAUGCUCGCGAAACAAUACCGUAUUUGAAUCCGGACGAAUACGACUGCUGGCCUGGGGACCACGUCCUCUGGAAGACCGAGGAGAAGAAACAGCACGUUAUCGUGCAAUCAGUCAACGCGCGGGAUCGCACCGCGUAUGUCAGGGUAGUGGAGACAGGUGCAAUAGAGCUGGCUUCCGUGUUGGAGCUCGAUGCGCACGGGACGAACGACUGGUCCGCUCUUGCGCCUACGAACGACGGCCUGGGCGUCCGCCGUGGUGACUUCGUGUUCAUCCACAAGGAGGGCGCGACUAAUGGAGUCGAAUCCCCGAUGGUCCCUCGCAUAGGCGAGGUGGAGGAAUGGGUGCGCGAGUCCCCGACGGUGAGCCCGAACGGGCAGCUGGGGGGGUGGCGACGCCAGAUGGCUGAUAUCGGUACGCGGAUCGCGGAGGAGCGUGGCCGAGAGGGAAGCGUGGAGGAGCCGCCGAUUCGCCGGCCGCAGAAGGGGGACACUUCGCUGAAUUGGUUUGGGGAGGUGAUAGAUCUGCGUCUUGACGGGACCGUCGAGAUUAUGUUGCCCAACGCCGACGUUAUGGUCGUCCCGCUCAACAGGUUGACGAGGUUGUACGACAGCGUAGAACAGCUGGAGGACUUGUGGGGGGACGACGAGGGCACCGUGGACGAGGGUGAGGAGGUGGAGGUGUGGGAGAUGGACCAGGAUGGGCAUUGGGUGGAGGGCACUGCGGAAGACGAUGACGAGUGGGAGUCGGCAGAGGAGGACGAGGACAUAGUGAUGGAGGACGCCAUGGAUGUCGACAACGUUGUGGGUGGCGGCGACUGGUCUCCAUCUACCGACACAGUCAUCCCGCCUCUCCAUGGGACACCAAUAAGUGUCGGCGCCAUAGCGGCCCCGGAUGAUUCCCGUCCGACGUCGUCGAAUGGUCGUCCGCAUUCUCCAGAUGUCCCAAAGGACGCGAUCGAGGUCGAUGGCGAGGACGAGUCCGAAGAAGGAUCCGAGAAGCCUUGGAAGAGGUUCGAGGUACUGCCCUCUGCGCCUGCCGACCACGCGUUCUACAACACCUCCCCCGCGCAACCCUCACGAAACUUCAUGGCACGGCUAACCAAGGAAUACAAGGCCUUGCAAAACAGCCUGCCAGACUCUAUCCUUGUGCGCGCCUACGAGGACCGAUCGGACCUGCUGCGUUCGCUGAUCAUAGGGCCGGAGAACACACCCUACGAGGAUGCACCAUUUGUGAUCGAUUGGCAGCUCGACUCGAAUUUCCCACAGACGCCGCCGAUCGCGCACUUCUUGAGCUGGACGAAUGGUAACGGCAGGGUGAACCCGAAUCUGUAUGAGGAGGGCAAAGUCUGCUUGUCGAUUCUCGGCACGUGGGCGGGCGACAAGAACGAGUCGUGGAGUGCGGCGAGGUCUUCCUUGCUGCAGGCUUUCGUAUCGAUCCAGGGUCUCGUGCUGGUAAAGGAGCCAUGGUUCUGCGAACCGGCCUACGAGAAGCUCAGGGGUACCGAAGACGGAAUCGUCAACAGCCGAUUAUAUAACGAGAAGGCGUACGUGCUCUCGCGCGGCUUUGUCCGACGAGCACUCGAGAUUCCUCUGGGGUCACUAGAGGCGGAGAUCAACUGGUUCUAUUACACGAACAGAAAACUGAAAAAGGUUCUCGAUGACGCGGGUGCCUUGAUUGAGAAGAGCCAGCGGCCGGAGGAGUCGGAGACCGAGGCGGAUCGGGAACGUGCGGUUCCUCGACUAUCAGGCGGUGGGAUUAUCGCUCUACAACGGACACUGGCCAAGCUGCAGGCGCUGUACGAGGCACAUUCGGCCUGAGCUCAGCGUCUGCCUCCAGCAAGCAGGAUCAGGCAUGGUUUCGCGCGUGAGCGGCGCGUUGCGCGUGGGGACAUUCGUAUUCAUCUUCUUGGGCUGCUGGUGUUGUCAUUCUGAACUGUGUUCCUGUUGUUGUUUAUACUACUACUUACAACGCUAUGAGCAGUGUUCAUACGGCUUUUAUAUUCUCGACAUAAGGCUUUUGUAGUCAGUUUGCCGUAAAACCGGCAAAUGUCGACGAACAUCGCGCAGUUUUUUGUAGCCACAUUCCCGCAAGGCCCUCUUUAUUACCUAGAUACAUCCUACCGGUAUUAGCACAUAUCAAGUUAACAAUAACGAUCUCUUGUAAACCUCCC